UAAACCGCCUCGUAACGUGGAGCUGCAGCGGUGCCCUGCUUCCACAGCCGUGACCACAGUCUGAAGUGUCAGGAGGAGAAACACGUUGGACCAUUCGCCGCCUCUCCUGCCAGCGUCCGCCGCUGUCCGCUUGGCACGCGUAAAAGACGAGUCGAGCCCAGCUAGAUGGGGCUGGGGAAGACGCGCAAGAAACUGCACACGCUCCGAACGCACACUCCGAGCUUCUUGGUCAGCGAGCGACCUCUGAAGAAAGGUUCGCUCUGACAGUGGAGCCGCUACUUUGAGCGGAUUUCUCUUUUCGCCGUACCGCCACAUUUAACCGUUCGCACCUUGCGCCACAACAACUAGUCGCUGCAGUUUAGUGGAGAAACGUGAGAUGCAGAGUGGUGGGAUCUCCGGUGCGGUGGAGGUGUGCUCGCGGCUGUGCGCCCCGCUGACGGUAACACUCAGCUGUUUGAACUCCCCUGUGUUCAUCCAUAGAGUUUAGAUCUACCUCCGUCAACUCACGGCACCUCAAGGCUCCUGUGGUCAGGAGUAGAUCACCUUGAUCCUUGGAUCUCUUUUCCUCUGUGGAAAGUUGAAUGGAUUUUCAGGCACACUUAACUGAAACUGGGGUAUUGGAGCCAAACAAGUUUUCAACCCCCUGUUUUUGGCCACUCGGCCAGUCUGCGUAAAUGCGCUCCACUUUGAUUUUUGCGCAAGAUACGCGUCUGCAUGGCGAUAUUUAAAUCGCCGCGGUAAACUCCCUCACGGAUCUGUUUUUAUUCGUUUGAAAUUGGAAGACGCGUACACGUGGAGAAGAUGAACCUGUGCAUCGUCAGUCUUCUGCUCACCUUGGAUUUAGCCACUGUGGCGCUCAGUUUGUCCACAUGCAGCACGCUGGACAUGGAUCAGUUCAAGAAGAAGCGCAUCGAGGCCAUUCGAGGGCAGAUCCUGAGCAAGCUGAAGCUCACCAACCCCCCGGAGGACUUCCCCGAGCCCGAGGAGGUGUCCCGGGACAUCGUCGCCAUAUACAACAGCACCCGGGACCUGCUGCAGGAGAAAGCCAACCAUCGGGCGGCGACGUGCGAGCGGCAGCGCAGCGAGGAGGAGUAUUACGCGAAGGAGGUGCACAAGAUCGACAUGUAUCCCUUUUACCCGUCAGAGAAUGUCAUCUCUGCAACUCACUUCAACCCUUACUUCAGACGGCUGACAUUUGAUGUUUCCUCUAUGGAGAAGAAUGCAUCCAACCUGGUGAAGGCUGAGCUUAGGAUCUUCCGUCUUCAAAACCCUGUGGCCCGAGUGUCUGAGCAGCGCAUCGAGCUCUACCAGAUUUUAGGACACAAAGAUCUGACUUCCCCAACACAGCGGUACAUUGACAGCAAGGUGGUGCGGACACAAACAGAGGGAGAGUGGUUGUCCUUUGACGUCACAGAGGCAGUGAAUGAAUGGUUGAACCACAGAGACAGAAACAAUGGAUUCAAGAUCAGCCUUCACUGCCCCUGCUGCACAUUUGUGCCGUCGAAUAACUACAUAAUUCCCAACAAGAGUGAAGAAUUGGAGGCACGGUUUGCAGGUAUUGACGACAGCUUCAUUCAUGGUGGUGACCUAAAGGUGUUUAAGAAGCGCCGGCACAGUGCUCGGGCUCCACAUCUUCUCCUCAUGCUUCUCCCUUCAUACCGGCUGGAGUCCCAGUCCCGGCACAAGAACCAUAGAUCCAAGAGAGCCCUGGAUGCCGCCUACUGCUCCAAAAAUGUGCAGGACAACUGCUGCUUGCGCUCACUCUACAUCGACUUUAAGAAGGACCUGGGUUGGAGGUGGAUCCAUGAGCCAAAGGGAUAUGAGGCCAACUUCUGCGCCGGGGCAUGUCCAUAUCUAUGGAGUGCUGACACGCAGCAUUCCAAGAUAUUAGGCCUUUAUAACGCCAUCAACCCUGAAGCUUCAGCAUCGCCCUGCUGCGUCUCCCAGGACCUGGAACCCCUUACCAUCCUCUACUACAUCGGCAAGACCCCCAAAAUAGAACAGCUCUCUAAUAUGAAGGUCAAGUCCUGCAAGUGCAGCUAGAAAGCCAUACAGGCCAGCAUCAACACUACCCCCCCUGCCUCAACACGCACACACACUCACACACAAAAACACACACAGGACAUACACACAGUCAAGCCAUGACUCUACUGUACAGUGUUUACACAGAGGCAACGGCAGGAGGGGUGUGAAUUACAGAACAAGUCAGUGGUACUUCAUUGAGUACACAACACACAUGAUCAGUGCUUCUCCAGAAACCUGACUUUGAUACCAAUGCUUUAAGGCUGAAAUAAACAGAGUUGCGCUGAACUAUGCCGGUGGCAUAGGUUCACAACGCCUAAUAUUGAUAAAAGCAGGUCGGACUGAAACCAGGCUGAGUCCAGGUCGAGGCAGCAGUUUGUAGUGUAAUGUUUGGCUGUCCAAUCGGCAAGAGCUGUUGGCUAUCCAACAUCAACAUGUGCAGCUUUUUUACACCAAACAAACUCCCUCCUGGAGGAGAGCCAGAGCAGCCACUCAGUGCUGCACAGGUCUCAAUUCUAUUGGGCCUCAUUCCAACCAACUGUUCAUAAGAAGAAAUUUAUUUUUCAAACCCAAUUAUGCAGGUAUCAACGCUCUAGUCCAGAUGCCCAGCUGACGGUACACCCGCGAGUGCUGUGUUUCCAGUGAUGGUCCCCAAGCGCUAGUCCAGCUCAGAUAACUCUGGACAUCCUGUCCCCCUCCCCGUACCUUUUUCCUAUCCCCCCUCUCUUUUCUGUGUUUGACAAUAUUUCUUUUAAAUUCAGAUUUGAGAUAAAAUCACUUUUUUUUAUGUCAUCAGCUUUGCCACUUUUUCCCAAUUGAGCUUUUACUGAAUGUGUAACUGCAUCUCAUUUAGCUUUAUUUUAAAUCCAUUGGCGACACUACAAACAUUACCGUUUUUUAACGUCCGAUACGCCAACAUCUUUAGAUUUUUGUUUAGGCAUUCAUGGCUCCUUAAAUUUUCCUUUAUAUUUCUUUGAUUUCCUGCCUUUUUAUGGGCAUUAACGGGGCGUUUACCUCAGCUUAUUAGGAAUAACUGGUUCAUGCUUUCAACUUAUGAGGACAGUGGGAUUCAUCAAUGUAAGAAUAAGUGAGAACAAAUCUGCAGUUUAAAGAUACGUCGUGAAUCUGAUGUAGGGUUUUUUAGGAAGUUUCUUUAGAAGAAAUUUAAAAGAAAACUUAAGAGGAUAUUAGUGAAUAAGGGACUUUUUUAUGAGGUCAAACAAAUCUAACAUCACAUUUUUAUUCUAAAGCAGUUUAAAAAAUAAAAAAUAAAAAUGAAAUCUGGAGCUUUUCAUUAAGUAUAUUGUUGAAAUAGAUCCUUCUAGCAAUCACAGUAUUUCUAAACCAAAUUAAAUGGAAUGGAAACCAGUUGAUGGUGUGAUGAACUAGUUGAUACAAAGCUUAGUCAUCAGCCAAACUAAACAGACAAUAAAUUCACGUAUUGGGUCAUUCAAAGGAAGGCCUCUCCUAAUUUACAUGCAGGGUUUCUUUUUCUCAGCUGUUAUAAUACAUAUUUCCUAAUUCUUUAAUAAACAAAUUUGAGGAUACAAUCUUUAUAUUUUGCAGUGGUAUCAAAGGCAUGGACUAAAUGUGACAACAUACAAACAUACACACAUACAUAUAUGCAGUUACACAGACAGGGCUUUUGUACUGGUAUAUCCUUUUGCAUUUUGAAGGCCCUGUCAACAUGCACCACCUCAGAAACUUGUCACACCGAGAUACAAGAGUAAGGCUAACACUGGAAGUUCAAAUAAUGAGUGUCUAUUUGUCCUGAAAAAGACAUUGCCCCACCCCAACAACCACCCACCACUUCACCCCCUCUCCCCCAACUCACCAUCUGCAGUCACUCCACAUUCUCAUCUCUGUGUUUGUCUUUGUUUUGUAUCCAUCGUUUUCAACAUCCUCCCAUUCCAUUAUGUUUAGGCUGUUUAUAAAAGCCUAAAAAGUGAAAAUGACAGAAUAGGUGGGAUUGUCAUUUAUACCAUGUUUUGAUGAAUGAUCGGCUAAUCUGAAUAAGACGCAGAUCAUCUUGCUAAAGUUAUUGGUUACAAAAACAUUUGCCAAACUAUAUGGUGUCAUUUUCGGACUUCAUAGGGAUGAUGAUGAUGUCAUUUCUACCAAAUGAUCAUUAUUUAUUUUUUGAUCGAUGUAAACUUUUGGUCUAUUUUUCCUUCGGAUGCAGAACUACUCGGAAAGAUGCAUCUCAUGACAUCACUUAUCAUGUGACAUCAUGAUGAAGGAAUACUCUUUCGAUCCAUAUAAGCUUUAGAUUGUCUCUAGUGUUUUUAUUUGAGGAAAUAUCUUGAAAAAUUCUUUAUUUUGAUUUUCGUUGAUCUUAUAUUUCGACUGAUGUCUGCAAAAGUUUAACUUUUGGAGGUAACCUCCCAUGUAACAUAACCAACAAGUUUUGAAAAAUCCGUCCAUGUGUGUUUUGGUUAUAUUGUACUCAUACACACAAACACACACUCACAUAGAGGUUUGUGCAGCUAUCCUCAUUAUGACUUUCCAUUGACUUCCAUUUAUGGUGGACAGCCUAACCAAAACCUUAUCGCUACCCUUAAACAGGACCUCAGAAAUAAGACUUAGCCUCAUUAGGGCUGGGCUUUGGUCCCAAUGAGGUCUGCUGGUCCUGACUAGGUCAGUCAUUAUACUGGAAAGGUCCUUAAUAGGUAAUAAAAUUUGUGUAAACAGAAGCACACACACAUGGGUUAAAAAAAAACAAUGCCCUGCUUCUGGCUAUGCAGGCGUGCAAGGUAAUAAUUCGAGCAAUAUGUUCGAAGCAACUCACCUAAUUUUACAGUAAUAUUUGUGGGAUCACAAUCCAUUCACAGCACCUGAGUCAGUCAGGAAACAAGUUGCACCUUUACCUUUUCAAACUUUCAAACAAUUUGGUGCCAACCGAUCAUUUCAGACUCAAUAUCUAAAUGUGACCCAUGUUCAAACAAUAGUUUGAAUGUCAAGUAAAAAGUUGUAGCAUAUUCAGACCUGUCUCCACAUCACAGAGAACGAUCUGGCUGCAUCCAUUAUCAUUUUGCUAAAUGGGGCAAAUAAAUCUCUGGAUUGUUUUUAUUUCUCCGACCAAUCACUACAAUCUCGGGCUAAGUCCAGGAUACAUUAACCGUGCAAAGUGACAAGGAAGUGUCGUGGUGAGGGGGACUUGUGAAGGUGGGAUUAUUUAAAGAAUCAAAAUGAACUAUUUAAUGAUGCGAACCUGCCACCUGUCACUCUAUUAAUGUUUUGUAGUGUCAUCAGCGUGUUGUCAUGCCAACAGAAAACUAUGAUUUCACCCUCUACACUGCAAGAGCUGUCGGUCAGUCAUUAUUCUUUGUUUCUUUAAUUAAAAACAAACCAUUGCACUGAUGCUGUUUUAAUUUUUCCUAUUUUAAAAUAUCUAGUUUUUCUAUUUAGUCUGCCCCCCCCCCCCUUCCCCCCCGUAUCAAAUAAGAAGUGUUAAUGUAGGUGUCCUGACCCUGGCCGUGUUUAGUGCCAGUGGAUUUACUGAGUAGCAGGAAAGAAGGCUAGGCACCAACUCUGUCACGAUAGAGCUGUAAUUUUUUAUGUGUAUUUGUUGUUGUUUUAAUGAUGAUAAUGAUGAUGUUAUUGUGAGCCACUAUGCUGUAUUGUAACACAGUAUUGUUGUGGUGUUUCAUUG